AUGACGGUCAUUACCAGUGCGAGCGGCCUGCUGGCCAUGCUCGACGAGGAGGAGCCGGCUCUCCGCGUGUACGCUCUCAAGAAUCUGAAUCUGCUCGUCGGCCAGUUCUGGGCCGAGAUCUCCGCGAACAUCUCCACCAUAGAGAGCUUGUACGAGGAUGAGACGUUCGACCAUCGCGAGCUGGCAGCGCUUCUGGCCUCCAAGGUGUUCUACUAUCUGGGCGAGCUCACCGACUCGCUCACGUACGCCCUUGGCGCGGGGUCGCUGUUUGACGUCUCGGAGGACUCAGAAUACGUGCAGACGCUCAUUGCCAAGUGCAUAGACGAGUACAUGGAUCUGAGUGUCAAGCGUGCCGACUCGCAUGACCCCGAUGUUGACUAUCCUCUUGACCCGCGCCUCGUGGCCAUCGUGGAGAGGAUGCUGGACAACUGCAUCGAGGAGCGUCAGUUCCAGCAGGCCAUCGGAGUGGCGCUGGAGUGCCGCCGCCUUGACAAGCUGGAGGCUGCCGUUGCCAGGAGUGGCAACUCGCGCUCCCUGCUCGCCUACUGCCUGCAGGUCUCGCACUCCCUUGUCAACCGCCGACAGUUCCGUCAGCAGGUACUGCACCCGUCUCUAUCCUCCUCCUUCUCUCACCCGCCCUCUAUUCACCCUGCCUCCCAUACGCCGCCCGUGGUGCACUUUAUUUGCCAGAGCAAAGUUGUGUUCUGGGACCUCUCAAACCUCUGA